GUUUCAACUAUGGAUCCCAACACGAGCCUCGACUUUCAGCGCAUUGUGGUCACUGAUACUGAAACUCUCGAUAAGCACAGCAAUAUAAUGGAAAAAUUGCGACUUGAACAUCGGUUACCAGAAGGAAGGAGAACCUACGAAAAAUUGCUUGAGAAAGUAGGGUUGAAACUUGAUCCCUACCACGACCCUCAUCAAACUGAGAAAAUGUGUCAACAGUUCGUUUUUCAGGGACAAUGUUUGGUCCUAGGGGACUCUGGAGUUGGAAAAACAAGUCUGGUCAGGGCUAUCAGUGGAAAGCCUUUCGACGAAAUGGAACCAAGAACAACAGGAAUUGAGCAAAGUCUUGUUGAUGAGAAAUGGAAGAACUUUGACACGAAGGAUCUUAUUUUUGGAAACGUAAACCGAUUCUUUUUAGACAUUUUUAUUCAAUUAAUGCUUUAUGGAAGGGCUGGAAAUGUAAUUUUCCAGCAAUCUAGGUUUCGAAAAAACAACAGUGGUCUCGCUCUGCCGCUGUUAGGAAUUAUAAUCUCUUUAAUGCUAACAACAAUAAUUACGGAUCCUCCAAAAGAAAAUCACUGCGUGUUGCUCAUAACGAGAAACUUGCCAUGA